AUGGCUGCCAACGGUUCUCCCAGGCUCCUCCGUGGAGCCUUCUUCUUACUAGGCGGUGGCAUGCUGGUCAACGCCUCCAUUUACGACGUCCGUGGUGGCAGCCGCGCCGUCAUCUUCGACCGCUUGUCCGGUGUUAAGGAAAAAGUCGUCAAUGAAGGCACGCAUUUCCUUAUUCCCUGGUUGCAGAGGGCCAUCGUCUAUGAUGUCCGGACCAAGCCUCGCAACAUUUCCACCACUACAGGAAGUAAGGACUUGCAGAUGGUCAGCUUGACCCUGCGAGUCUUGCACCGACCUGAUGUCCCGAAGCUGCCGACCAUCUAUCAGACGUAUGGUACCGACUACGAUGAACGUGUCCUUCCUUCCAUCGGUAACGAAGUCUUGAAGUCCAUUGUCGCCCAGUUCGACGCUGCCGAGCUCAUCACGCAGCGAGAGGCUGUCUCGAACCGAAUCCGGACGGACCUGAUGAAGCGAGCCGCGCAAUUCAACAUCGCCCUGGAAGACGUCUCCAUCACCCACAUGACCUUUGGCAAGGAGUUCACGCGCGCCGUCGAGCAGAAGCAGAUCGCCCAGCAGGAUGCCGAGCGGGCGCGGUUCAUCGUCGAGAGAGCUGAACAGGAACGCCAGGCUAACGUUAUCCGUUCUGAGGGUGAAGCCGAGAGUGCCGAUAUCAUCAGUAAAGCUGUUGCCAAGGCUGGCAGCGGUCUCAUUGAAAUCCGUCGUAUCGACGCGAGCAGGGAGAUUGCUCAGACUCUGUCGAAUAACCCGAAUGUCACGUACCUACCGGGAGGCGAUGGCAAGGAAGGCGGCAAGAGCACCAGCCUUCUACUUGGAUUGAGGAGUUAG